GGAGAACGUCACAUCCCCUUGACCCUCCAAUCACCUCAGGGUCCCAUUUGAUUGGAAGGCGGCAAAGGCUUUAAUCUCGGACUAAUUCAGCUGCUUUUGAAGUGAAAAUUCCUACCAGUUCGUGCUUCGGGAGUACAGAGCGAGGACCUGCAGACAGACGCGCACACACGGGGCGCAGCGCUUUCGGUGCAGGACGCAGCUGCGGAUCUGCGAUAACCUCUCACUGGUCUACUUCCCUUCCAAGCUGCCGCGCCUUGCAGCCUCCUCUCCAACCAGGGAUUACAUUUUACUCAGGCGUUUUGCGAUCCUUUUACUCGUUUCUCUCGACAGAAAAAGACUUUCUAGCUUUUGUUUUCCCCCCCUGUUUGUUUUACGUUUUGGUGCUGGUUUUUCUUAAUGAAUCUGAUGAAUGCAUCGCCGUUUCAUUUCCUGACUGUUGGGACAUGAUCACGUCGCCCUCGGCGUCUGCCCUGAAAAAUAGUGAAAUUUGUGUCGUGUGGGAAAGCAGCAGUAGCAGCAGCCGCGGCGGCAGCAGCAGUUCUCGGAAUAGCAGCAUCAACAAGCCCUUUCUUCACUCCGCACCUCCGUCCGAUCCACUACGGCAAGCGAACCGACUUCCCAUCAAGGUUUUGAAAAUGCUUACGGCACGGUCUGGACACAUUUUGCACCCGGAGUAUCUGCAACCUCUGCCUUCCACCCCAGUUAGUCCGAUAGAGCUUGAUGCCAAGAAAAGUCCGUUGGCUUUGCUGGCGCAGACCUGCUCUCAGAUCGGCAAGCCGGACCCGCCGCCCUCCUCUAAACUCUCCUCCGUAACGUCAAACGGAUCUAGCGAGAAGGAAUCUAAAUCUGGCCCCCUGAAGCUGAGCGACAUCGGCGUGGACGACAAAUCCAGCUUCAAACCUUACUCCAAGCCGACGGACAAGAAGGACUCGUCCUCGGGCGGCUCGGCUGGGGAGAAGUCCGGUUUCCGAGUGCCGAGCGCCACCUGCCAGCCGUUCACGCCGCGGACUGGCAGCCCCAACUCCAGCACCUCCGCCUCUCCCAUGCCGUCGGAGGGGAAAUGCGGGGAGAGAGAUGAGAAGAAGGAGUCUGACUGUAACAAAAACGGCACAGCGGACGGCUCUGGCACCACCAGCCACAGCAGGAUAAGCGUGAGCUGCGGUGGAAUUAACGUGGAGGUCAACCAACAUCAGGAGGCGACCCCUGGCACCAAAACGUCCUCCUCAUCUUCCUCGGAGUCUCCCUCUGUGACCUCCGUAUCCUCCGCGUCCGUUCUCGGGUCAGGACUCGUUGCGCCAGUUUCCCCUUACAAACCGGGACAAACAGUGUUCCCUUUGCCCCCUGCUGGCAUGACCUACCCUGGCAGUUUGGCCGGGGCCUAUGCCGGUUACCCUCAGCACUUCCUGCCCCACGGAGGAAGCUUGGUAAACGCACAGCUGGCCAGCUCGCUGGGCUGCAGUAAGGCUGGAUCCAGCCCACUGGCCGGAGCUUCUCCCCCGUCCAUCAUGUCAGCCAGCCUGUGCAGAGAUCCUUACUGCCUCAGUUACCAUUGUGCCAGUCACUUAGCGGGCGCAGCCGGUGCUACCUGCACACACGACUCUGCGGCCGCAGCCGCCGCCAGCGCCCUCAAGUCCAGCUACCCGCUAAUGUACCCCACACACCCCAUCCACGGCGUCCACUCCACCGCGCCGUCAUUCAGCGGACACCCCCUGUACCCAUACGGAUUCAUGCUCCCCAAUGACCCUCUCCCACAUGUUUGUAAUUGGGUGUCGGCAAAUGGACCGUGCGACAAGCGCUUCUCCACCUCAGAGGAGCUGCUGAACCACCUAAGGACACACACUGCUUUUACCGGGGCGGAGAAGUUAAUAUCGGGCUACCCGGGCUCCUCAUCACUGGCCAGCGCUGCAGCAGCGGCCAUGGCCUGCCAUAUGCAUAUGCCACCGUCAGGAGCUCCAGGGAGUCCCGGGACUUUGGCUCUAAGGAGCCCGCAUCACGCAUUAGGACUUAGCACCCGCUACCAUCCGUACUCUAAAAGUCCCCUGCCGACCCCCGGCGCCCCUGUUCCUGUCCCCGCCGCCACUGGCCCCUACUACUCCCCUUAUGCACUGUAUGGACAGAGACUCACCACAGCGUCUGCUCUGGGAUAUCAGUGAGGAAGAAAAAAAAAAAAAGACUUCGAAAAUUUUAUAAUACUAAGAAUGCAAAUAUAAAGACUUUUAUAUUAACUGCGCUAAACUUAUGGACGGGAUCCGUGGACUUGAACUGUAUUUAUUUAUAUGUCGGGCUUAAAGCAGGCGGUAACAGCUGCGUUAUGGGAGAAGAAAAAAAAAAUUGAGCAACUCAAAAAGUGCAUUAUGUUGGAGCUGAAUUCUAUAGGUAAAAAUGAAAAUACGCAUAUGUUAGAAAACCUAACAAACGUAGGGAUCUUCAUUUCGAUGUUCAUUUGAAAUUGCUAUGAUUGUAUUUGUUCUUAUUUAAUGUCUCAUCGAGAAGAAGAAAAAAAUAAUAAUUUACAUGCAUGUCUGUUUCUUAAAAUUUCAAAACAUGUCCACAUUUAAAUUUCCCGUUAUUUUUCAGGUGAUGGAAAGAGAUAUUGGUAUUUUUUUGUAUGUAUUCUGGGGAAAAAUAAGAAGCAGUUCUGUUCCGUAUG